GCCGAGCGGGGCUGAGCCUGCAUACCGCUGCUGCUGACGGCUGCGCCGAUACCACACAAAGACGCGCUCUUUCACGUCACACUCGCCCUUCAUACCACACUAGAAGUCAGGACCGGAGCCGGGAGAUGCCGCCGGCUGGCAACCACUGAACUGCCCUCACCGCUGCACCUCAACGACCAGAGAGCCUGACACAGCACACGGCGAGACGCUUCACAAAGGACACCACCAGUGACCUCCAGCAUUUGAAGACUGUACCCGAUCCCGCUUCCUUCAAAGAAAAAAGGGAACCCGACUCUUAGCGGGCAGAAAAAGGAGGGAUCAAACCCCGCCGCUGUAACACGACCCGCACCACCUGAGAGGCAGAGGGGGCAACAGAAGUCCGCGCAGGGACCAGAGAGGCAAGAUGCUGGCUAAAAUCCUCGAGGACAUGUGGGUGGACCCGGAGGUGCUGGAGGCCCUCGGCGAGGAGCAGAAGAGGAUCCUCUUCCUCAAGAUGAGAGAGGAGCAGGUGCGCCGCUGGAGAGAGCGGGAGGAGAGGGAGGCGAGAGAGGGACUGGACAACAGCAACAGGAGGAUGAAGAAAGUUUCCAACAAACAUGUGACUUGGCUCCUGGGUCGGGACGGCGACGUGAGCGUCAGCGUGAUCGGAGAGAUGGACGAAUUCAGGUCGUCCAAACUCCUCCAGAGGCUCAUGAACAACAGACUCCACGCUGAUAAUAUGAAUGGCAUCCAGACAGUGGAAUUGCUGCCAGGAAGAGAGGCCCAGCAGCUCAGCUUUAAAGAAGACAUCCAGCUGCCUCUCACAGAUGUUAGCGAUGAGCCAGCGUCACCGGUCGACCAUUCGUCUGAGGAAGAUAUGGAUUCCUGCAGCGCUGACGACGACCUCAAGGACCCCGGUGAGGACAGCGACAGUGAAUCAGGCAGCGGCUCGGACAACCUCAGCGACUGGGUUCCUCUCUACAGGCCUCAUCUCAGUAGCCAUGGCAACCACCCGCUCAAAGCCCAGCUGUCGGAGACAGAGAGGGUCGGACGACAGGACAGAGGAACUGUGUGUUGUGUGGAGAAGUCAGAAAAGAGAGGCCGCGUGGCGCAGCUCAAGAAGACGUUCUCAGAGGACCGUCCCAGCCCAUCACCGUCACCCUACAGCAAACCGCCCAUACCUGUAAAACCUGCUCAUCUACAGAACGGAAGCACACGGGUCCAUUAGGACUCCACAAGAUUCCAAGUAGCCAGAACCUGCUGUACAGACUGUAAUGAGCCCUUUGCAGAAACAAGGGUAUACAGCGAUACGGCGACGGUCCGGGCUGAGGCGACACACAUCGAAAGAUCCUUGCUUCAACCCGAACCGUGAACUAAAAUAAACUUUACUGGACCUGAUUCCAGGGUCUGACCCAGAGACAGCGAAGUGUCUGGGAGGUGGAGGGAGAGAAACGCUUGAAAGCUUUUGAACUGAAGUCAACCUGAACGAUAAAACUGAACAGCUUUGAUGCUGAGUUGAAAUUCAAGUUCGGAUCUACUGAACUGAGGAGCGUGGCGUGUCCACAGACAGACACACACAGACUUGCUGGGGAAAAAUUGUCGUGGGUUUUAUUACUUGAGAUGCCAUAAGCAACCGAGGGAUGGAAUUGAUAAAUGUUUUUCUUCUGUUUCAUACGUAGUCCAUGUGACUUUGUCAUAGCACCGUUAAAUAUACACAGGAUGCUGCUCCGGUAUAUGAGCAGCUGAAGGACGUUUGGGCUUAAAAUAAAGGAGUGAAUUUCUGAACAGAC